UAACAGUGUUACUUAGAAGUUAAUAAAAUGUUGAGUGCAGGGCGAGGUACAGCCAGCUGAUAAGCCCGAGAAGGAGGAUCCUAAUGCUUUACGAGAAGAUAGCAGCGAGGAUGACGAGCACCUGGACGAGAACGAAGAAGAGAACAUGAAUUUUGAAGACGACAUAAAGGAUAUAUACUCGUACGUCAAUCUCGAAGAUAUUCAAAAGGGAUUUUGCGAGUGUGCAGAGGAUACAGCUCCUCUUGAUCCCGAGGAAGAAAAUGCUACGUCAAAGCCAAAUCCUCUUGAGGAGUUCCUGGAGAGAAUGGCGCUAAAAUUUAGCGAGGAAACCGUAGACGUCGAAGGCGCGGAAUUGUUAAACGAAGAGAUAAACGGAAUCGGAGGAUGUAUCUCCAAGGAACGUAUAUGCGCCGUGUCGCUCUGGUUAACGGAAUGUGCACGUCGUCAAGAAGGGAUGGUAGGACCUCGCAAUCUGCGACACUUUCUCUGUCCCAAUCUGGACGGGAAUCCACUCUACAAAAACGAUGCGGACACUGACUGUUGAAAGUUCCUCUAAAACGUUUCCUCGGAACU